AUGCCUCUGUCGGCGGACGAGUACGCGGCACUGUCGCCGGAGGAGCAGCGCGCGCAUGACCAUGCUGCGGCGCAGCGCGAGAAGGAAGAACAAUCCGCUCUUCCGUACCGUUGGACGCAGUCGCUGGACCAUGUCGAGGUGAAUAUUCCGGUGCCGAGCGGCACGAGGAGCAAGCAGGUGCAGGUCGAUCUGCGGCGUGCCGGCCUGAAGGUCGCCGUGCAAGGCACUACAGUGGUCGAGGGUGAGCUGUCGAAGCCGAUCAAGCUGGACGAUAGCACGUGGACGAUCGACGAUGGCGUGCUGAGCAUCCACCUCGAGAAGGAGAAAGCGAACGAGUGGUGGGCGCAUGUCGUGACGCACCACCCCCCCAUUGACACGUCCAAGAUCGCGCCGGAGGACUCGAAGCUGAGCGACCUCGACGGCGAGUCUCGGGCUAUGGUGGAACGCAUGAUGUAUGAAAAUCGCCAAAAGCAAAUGGGCCGCCCCACAUCGGACGCGUAG